GGUACAUAGCAUCAAGUUUUGGAUCUUGUGAUUCUUUUAGAUUUCAUAGUUUAAGUUUAACUAUGCUCAUAAAUGAAGAGUACUUGAAAAAGAAAGUAAAGAAAACAGAAACACAAGUAAAAAGAGAGUGACUUUAUUGCUGUAUGCAUAUAUAGUCCACUCUACUCCAGAGGCAGGAAUCUUUAUCUGAGAGUUUUUUAAGUCCUAAACAAUGUAACUCUUAUUACAUCUGUCUAAGCGUUUUACUCUUUUCAAAGGAAAAAGGCGUUUUUAAGAUCUGGAAGUGAUUGGCAAAAACUUGAGAAACCUACAAUAUGGAUGUUGUGGUUCAGUUGCAGAGGCAGUUGGCAGACCACACUGCCUCUCUCUUCCAUGAGGGAUUUCUAAAUGAGCAGUUUAACCAGCUUCAGCAGCUGCAAGAUGAGAGCAACCCAGAUUUUGUGGUUGAAGUUGUGUCUCUUUUCUUUGAAGACUCUGAGAGACUUCUUAAUGAGCUAGCUAAAGCUCUAGAACAGCAGGCUGUUGAUUACAAAAAGGUGGAUGCCCACGUUCAUCAGUUGAAGGGUAGCAGCUCCAGUAUUGGUGCACAGAGAGUUCAAGGAGUCUGCAUUCCGUUUAGAAAUUUCUGCGAGGAGCAGAACAAUGAAGGUUGUCUCAAAUGUCUGCAACAAGUAAAGCAUGAGUAUUCUCUUGUGAAAAAUAAGCUUGAAACACUAUUCAAGCUGGAGCAACAGCUUAUUGCUGCCGGUGGCUCAUUUCCUACAUUGUGAGGUCAAGUAGAGCAAUCUGAGCAAGAAAGAGAAAUGGGGUUUGGAUCUGUAGAACAGCUUUUUAAUUUCUUUCUUCUUAAGUUUUAUUUAGUCUGUCAACUUUGGUGAAGGGUUCUAUGAACUUUAGAGCUAGAGCUUGUUUAAUAUCCUCUGUAAGAGCAAUGACAAAGAAUGUGAAUAAACCCUUCCUCUUUCAUCUCCA